UUGUAAGGAAGUGAAGCUAGAGCGCGAGAGGGGUAGCGGGAGUAAAAAAAAAGAAAAGAGUAAGGGUAAAAUGGUGAUAAAAGGGAGGUGGCGUGGUUUAACGGCAUAAAUAAAAAAGAAAGCUCCUUAAAAAGUCCUCUGCGCCACCCUGUAACACAGUCCCCUACUAACCCCUAUUCCAACAGAGUAGUAAACACACUACACAACUACUUUCUCUCUCUAUCUCUAACUUUCCUUUGCUUUUCUCUUUCUCUCAUUAAAUUUUCCUGGAAAAUAUUCAGAGAGAGGAAAGAAGAAGGGACAACUUCGUCAGAGACAACACCCGAUCAGAUAUCGUCAAUUAGAGAUAGAUAGAGAGAGAGAGAGGGAAUGGUUCAUUGAGAUUCGCGCUCACACAGCAAAACCCUCCAAAUCUCAGCGGAUCAGGAUGAUUAAAAGCAAAGGCGGCGAUAAUUUAUUAUGUGCUUUUUUAUUGGAGAGAGAAGCAGCUGAAUCACAUUGAAUUCAAUUACAUUUACUUUCUCUCUCUCUCUCUCUCUCUCUCUCUCUUUCUUUUUCUUCUUAUUACGCCAAAUUUCUGCCAUUCUGUGUCUCAAAACAGUGUUCGCCUAUUGCGCCAUUUUUCUAUUCUUUCUUUUCUCUUUUUAAUAUUUUUUCUUUCUUUUACCCUGCUGGUUGGAGGGGUAGUAGUGAAUUGUGAUUUCUAGAGCGUCAUCAAUGUCAUCAUAAAAGCUCGAAAUCUCUGCGAACAACGUGAAAAUCGAGGCGGUGGUAUAAGAUUAAGGGAACUCGAUAUUCAAUGAGAUUAUUACCACUUUAAUGGUUCGUUCGGUGGUUGCGUGUUUUAGAAAGAGAGAGAGAGAGAGAAAAAGAUAGUAGAGAAAGAGGAGAUAAGUCUCAUUUGAGGGAGGAACCACCAUUUAUGGUCUCGGUUUCUGGUUUAUCUUUUGUCUGUUUGAGUUGGAAGGGUACAGUGAAGAAGACGAAGUCACAGAACGCGCCGUUUUGAAAGCGUGAACCUUUGGUACUCUACUACUGCUGUGCUGGUUACUGGCAGCCUGUGCUUCUUAGAAGAAAAAGUAAAAGAGGUUUUAGUUUGUGAAGCAUCCUGGUCAUUUCAGAAGAAUAUAUUCAGGGUUUAAAAAUGAAGUUUAUGAAGUUGGGAUCCAAGCCUGAUACAUUCCAAGCUGAUGGGAAAUCUAUUAGGUACGUUUCAUCUGAUUUGGCAUCGGAUGUCAUCAUAAAUGUUGGUGAGGUGAAGUUUUACCUUCAUAAGUUUCCUCUCUUGUCCAAGAGCAGUCGGUUGCAAAAACUAGUGUCGAAAGCAACUGAGGAGAAUUCUGAUGAAAUUAAUAUGGUUGAUUUCCCUGGUGGUCCAAAAGCAUUUGAAAUUUGUGCGAAAUUUUGCUAUGGUAUGACUGUUACACUCAAUGCUUACAAUGUUGUGGCUGCUAGAUGUGCAUCUGAGUAUCUAGAGAUGACUGAGGACAUUGAUCGAGGCAAUUUAAUAUUUAAGAUUGAGGUAUUUCUCAACUCAAGCAUCUUAAGAACAUGGAAAGACUCCAUUAUUGUUCUCCAAACCACAAAAUCUCUUCUGCCGUGGGCUGAGGAUUUGAAGAUUGUUGGAAGGUGCAUAGAUUCAAUUGCUUCAAAAACUUCUGUGGAUCCCGCUAAUGUUACUUGGUCAUACACUUUUAACCGAAAAUUAGCAGAGCCUGAUAAAAUCGUUGAAGAUGGUAUGAAGUUUCGAGAAAGAUCAGAGUCUGUUCCAAAGGAUUGGUGGGUUGAAGAUAUAUGUGAACUUGAUAUUGAUCUCUACAAGAGAGUCAUGAUUGCUGUGAAGUCUAAGGGUAGAAUGGAUGGUGCUGUGAUCGGCGAGGCUCUGAAAACUUAUGCAGUAAGAUGGUUGCCAGAUUCUAUUGAAAAUUUGGUUUCUGAAGCUCAUAGCAUGAGGAACAAAUCGCUGGUAGAAACAAUUAUUUGCUUGUUGCCAUCUGACAAAAGUAUGGGCUGUUCAUGUAGUUUCUUGUUGAAAUUGUUGAAGGUUGCUAUUUUACUUGGAGCAGAUGAAUUGUUGAGAGAAGAUUUGAUCAAGAGGAUCAGUUCGAGGCUGCAUGAAGCUUCUGUUAGUGAUCUCUUGAUUCCUGCUAAGCCUCCCCAGAUUACCCAAUAUGAUGUUGAGUUGGUUCAGUCCAUUGUAAAUCAAUAUGCAAAGCGUAAUGGGAAUUUGGAAGCUGUUGAGAAGAAUGAAAAGGGUAUUGAUGGUUUUCUCCUGGGCAAUGGAUCUUUAUUGAAUGUGGGUAGAUUGAUUGAUGGUUAUCUAGCUGAAAUUGCUCGCGAUACAAAUCUCGCACUCUUCGGUUUCAUAGAAUUGUCAAAGUCUAUUCCUGAAUCAGCUAGGCCUAUUCAUGAUGGGUUAUACAAAGCCAUUGACACCUACCUGAAGGAGCAUCAUAGUUUAACAAAAUCCGACAAGAAAAAGAUCUGCGGACUAAUGGACGUGAAGAAGUUGACAACGAAUGCAUCCAUGCACGCCGCACAAAAUGAACGUCUGCCACUUCGAGUCGUGGUGCAAGUACUCUUUUUUGAGCAAGUUAGAGCCUCUGCUGCAGCCGCACAGCCUGCUGUAAACAAUCAUCCCCGCGACGCUUCUCCAUCAGCAACGAACACCGACGAGGAAGAAUGCGAAAAGCCAGCUGUGGCAGCACAAAAAUGUAAGAACGGGAAACUGGCAAAGAAGAGCAGCAAAAACAGUCGUAGUGGUUUGCAAUUGUUACCAUCUCGAUCGAGAAGAAUAUUUGACAAACUUUGGGCAGUUGGCAAAGGAGGUCACGUAGAGAACAGGAGCUCAGAAACGUCUGCGAGUUCUCAGAGUCCAACUUCUUUGGUUCCUGGUGAUGCCAAGUCCUCUGGUUCAUCUUCAAGGCAGAGGAGGCACUCAAUCUCAUAGGUAAAAGAAAUGGGGGGUUAUGCUUAUGUUGGCUCUAAUAAGAACAAAUCUAGCCCAGGAAAAUUCAACCGCCGAAGUGUAAAGAAAGAAAAGAUGGUAGGAUUUUGUUGUAGCUAAUGGUGAAAUGUCUACGUUAUAUCAGAAUUGCUGCUAUAUAGUAUAUUUCGGGAUUGUGGUUUUUUUUCUUUUUUCUUUUUACAUAUAUAGUAGAUAUGCUAUCCAGUUUAUUGGUGUGUCUAUCUAACAUCAGUGGUCGUCCAAUUGUAAUAUUUUCCUACUAUUAUAUAUAUAUUUAUAUAUUUCUGUUA